UAUUCUGAGGAUCUUACUAACGUGAAUGCAUAUCGCAAUUGACGGACGGGCCUCAUCCCUCGCAGUGGCCUACUCCGCGCCUUCCUUCUCCGGAUGGGGGAACUGUGGGGGUGAUAUGCAGCUCCGUCGAUCGUCUCUACCAUGAUGUCCCGAGCUCACAUCUUCUUCCACCAAUCGCUGCCUAUCGCUUGUUGGAACAUGCCUCAUGCCCAUACAUCAAAGGUCUACCGUGGUGGACAGAAGAGAGGGCGACCCCUCAAUACAGUGGCCGCCCAUGGAAUAUACUUUUCCAGAUCGACAUGGUUGGCGUGGCUGCUGCUCCAAAGAAGAGUAGAUUUAAUUGGCAUGACACGAAGUACAUGUUAGCAUUCGGAGACUCGUACACAUAUGUUCAAGGUACCGCUGGCCGACAGAAUUCGACUUUUAUUGGCGACUACUUCAAUCUCUCGUUCACGGAGGAUGAGCUGUUGAACAACAAGAUAGUUCAGAAUCAGACAGCUACUGCUGAGGGAGGACCAAAUUGGGUCGAGUAUCUUACAGGUUGUGGUCUCAAAUCGGGCCUCACCUCACCACUUUCGUGCAAGACACAGCUCUGGGACUUUGCCUUUGGAGGCGCUGAUAUCUCUACCAAACAUACACCUCGACACCACAACUACACAGUAAUGCUAGAGGAACAAGUUCAACAAUUCAUCACCUACGCCCAACCAACGCUCUUCAAAAUCAUCGAUCCCUCAAAAACACUCGUCGCAUUCUGGAUAGGAAUAAACGACAUCAACGAUAGUGCCAAAUACUCUGUCGACUUUCCAAGCUUCUAUAAUACGUUGAUCAGUACGCUUUUCGACUCUGUCCAAAGUGUCUACGAUGUCGGAUAUCGUAACUUCCUCUUCAUGAACCUACCUCCUCUAGACCGCACACCAGGAAAUGUACUCAAAGCCACACCACUUCCAAACACCACUAUGAUCAACUGGUGGGACCAAUCUCUUGCCUCUCACAUCACCUCCUUUUCCGCCAAGAAUCCUGCAGCAAAUGCCUUUGGCUUUGACGUCAAUACCUUCUUGAACAACGUCUUGGAUCAUCCAUACAAGUAUGGAAUCAAGAACACCACGGGAUAUUGUGCGAGUUACAAUCAACCGUUCAUCAAUCAGGAGCCAGAGAGCUAUGGCUGCUUACCGUUGGAUGAGUAUGCGUGGUUUAAUGAUGGACAUAUGACUUCGCAUGUUCAUGAGAUUUUGGCAAAGGAGGUUGGACAGUUUUUGAAGAAGCAGUCGUAAGAAGAGCGGAAGUAUAUAGCUUGCAUAUAUCUAAUCGUUUCUAGAUAAAUUUGUCGAUGAGAGCGACCGUCAGUAGUCAUUGCAAUCACUUGGUGUGAGGGAGGAUCCUCCUGCGAAAGCUUGCUUAAAUGACAUUCCUCGUUUGGUAUCAUAUUGCAAGCCAUAUCUACGCAUAAUCCCACGGAUGUUGAUAUAUACGUCUAUUCUAACAGUCGAUGGAAGUAGUAGAAGUACAGCAUGAUCUGGUAGCCGUCUACUGACGUAUCAUUCCAAGAGCAGGGUGGGAUGCUCG